AUGGAUAGACCAGGCCAAUACGCUGGCACGCCGUCCAACUAUCACUCGCAACAGGGUCCUCCUUCUUCACCAUCCGACGACGGUUCACUACAUUCGAACGAUGAGCAAGGCCGAGCAGCAACAUUGAGGAGAGCAUAUAAACCAAUGCCCAAGAUACCAAAUCAAUCAUCAGACUCUGGAUUCUAUACUAGACCGCCGCCACCUUCACGUGGAGCAAGUAAUAGCCAGCGACCAAACAGGGUCAACAAGCAACUAUGGAGCAAUGUAGCGGACGAAGACACCAGAACUGGAGUAGCUCCUGUAGAUACUUUAAUUCCAAUGACAAUGGCUGGAUCUUCGUCGACGGGAAUGCAAAGAAGCUUGACAAGUACUAGUGCACUGCCUACCACGAUUAUAAACAACACAGCAACAACCAACCCGUACAUAACACCUGCACCAUCACCGCCAGUUUCGUCUUCGUCUCCGGUAAUAGGGUACAAGACUGCCUCGGAUCCUGGUACUGUUCAGGCCGGUACUCCAUCAAGGUUACGAGCUUGGAUGGCCGAGACUCUGACGGCCGAAAAGCUAGAUGCGUUAGCAGAUCUGCCUUCCAGUGCUAGUACCGCUCCAAGUGACAAGGUAGUCGUAAACAAGAACGUGCCACCUCCAGCAACCGGUACAACACGCGGCAUACGAAACUUGGCUCUAUUGAAUGGUGAUAUUCCACCACAAUCCCAACAACAACAAUUCCAACAAAAAGGCCGAUCAACGUCUGUGCCGGUUUACAGAGCCCAAAAGGACUACUCGGUACCAUCACCAACAGAAGAUCGUAACAAUAUCGCAGCUAAAUCAAGUGCCAAAGUGCAUCGUCGUCCAACCACCAAUACCAUACGAAAGGGACUGCAGCUCAUAGCACCUAAAGAUGACUCUGAUGAUGGAUCAGCGUAUAUGGAUGAUGGAGAUGGUGGUUACGACGGUAUACAGUUGUCUUGGAGGAACUUGAAUUAUGUUGUCGAUACUGAUGCUGGAAAGAAACAAGUCUUGUUUGAUUUGAAUGGACAGGCUAAGCCUGGUGAAUUGUUGGCUAUCCUCGGUGGUUCUGGUGCUGGAAAAUCGUCUCUUAUGGACGUGUUGAGUGGAAGAGCUACUAGCGGUCGCGCUACUGGUGAUAUUCGAUUCAACAACUACACAUCAGAAUCGGGUUGGCGUCAAAAAAUUGCUUAUGUUCAACAAGACGACAUCUUCUAUGAAAUGCUGACUGUGAGGGAAACGCUGCGGUACGCAGCCCUCCUGAAACUCCCAGAUACCAUGACGUACAAGGACAAGAUGCGAAGAGUGGACAAAGUCGUAUCAGAAACCCGUCUCACAGAUUGUCUCGAUACCAAAGUGGGCGAUGCCGUGUUUCGUGGUAUAUCAGGUGGUGAAAAGAAGCGUCUCCAUAUUGCCCUCGAACUUUUGAAUGAACCUAGUAUUUUGAUAUUGGAUGAACCUACUUCUGGGUUGGACGCCUUCAACGCCCACAAUGUUAUUGAGGCUAUUCGAACAACAGCGGUGGAAAACAAUCGAACUGUUAUGAUAUCCAUUCAUCAACCUCGAAAAGAGAUUUUGGACUUGUUUGAUCGUAUUAUGAUUCUUGCGGCUGGAAGGGUCUUGUUUUAUGGAAGUCUAGAUACUGCACUACCAUACUUUUCACAUGUGGGAUUCGCUGUGCCAUUAUUCAUGAACCCCGCUGACCACUUCCUCGACGUUUCAACAAUCGACUCCUCAUCCCCCCGAAACCGUGAAAUGUCUGUCGCUCGUAUAAGCGGUCUCACAUCUCUAUGGCGAGCCCAAUUCGACUCGAUUGCCUUCCCACCCUACGCCGGUCUCCCCGAUCGUCUUCGAUCAAAGAAAUCAGGUGUCCUCUCAUUCAAUUCCUCAUCAGCUGAUGCAGCAACACAAUUGCAAAAAGAUGCUCAUGAGACACAAGAUGUGAAACUUCCAGAGCUAUCAAUGUUUGGAUGGCUGAAACGGGCUGAAUUGUUGACGUCGCGUCAGCUGUCAGUGUUUUAUAGGGAUAUUGGAUUGAUGAUUAUGACUCCGAUAUCUAACACGGCCAGUGUCUUGCUCUUUUUCGCAAUGUGGAGAUUCUUGCCUCUAACUCAAAACGGAGCUCAAGCUCGACUGGGCCUCAUGUUUUACUUUUCAGUGGAUCGUUACAUGACGUGGGUGAAUAGUGUUGCUAUUGCAGUGCCGUUGCGACUGGCUCUGUUCACGAGGGAACGGACGUCUGGAAUGUAUACCGGGCAAAUGUUGUUUUGGGCAAUUUACAUCGGCGGUUUCGUACAGGCACUGCAUCAGUUCAUUAUAGUCGGUCCUGCCAUCUACUUGCUGACUGGUUGUCAAAGAGUCUGGUCGAAAUUCUGGAUCUUCUUUGCAAUCUACGUAUUGAUUUGCAUAGCUGGUCAUGCACAUGGAUUCUUUUUUGGCGCCAUGUCGCGGAAUAUGGCGUUUGUGUUGACGUUCGCUAUUCUUCAUCUUGGAAUUUACGCCGCGUAUGCUGGAUAUGUCAUUGACCCGUCAUCGAUACCGAAGCCUCUGAUUUGGAUUUCGUACAUUGCGCCGCCGUUCUGGACGUAUACAGCUUGGUCUCAAAACGAGUUAACCGGACUUGUUUUGACAUGCUCUCCAACAGACACACGUUGUCUACCAACUGGUGAAGUGCUGCUAGACAUAUUAUCCCUUCGGACCAUUUCAGUUGGAGCAACUGUAGGAGCCUUGAUUGCCAUCACGGUAAUUGUCUCGAUAAUGGCCAGCUUCAUAUUUGACAAGACGACACGACCUCCGUGGGCUAAUGCUGUCGCUGUGCUGAGAGAGGAUGAAAUCAUGGAUACUGUUAAGCGACGUGGGACGAUAAAUCGACAGUGA